AUGUGGCUGCUGGAGAAUGAGGAGGCUUUCGAAGGCCGCCGGCUAUGGUUACGGCCAGGAAAGACAUACCUCUUUGGACGCACAGUGGCUGAGGCUGGUCAGCUUGCAAUCUCACACAAUACAAUUUCUCGCAAACACCUAACCAUCACAAUCGACGCCGUGGGUGACGGCGACGCCCUGCAUCCCUCUCGACGUUCCAAGAUCACAAUCGAAGACCUGGCGACUAAAAUCGGCACCGUGAUCAAUGGCAAGAAACUCAAGGGCACAAAAUGUGUGGUUGAGAAUGGUCAGGACGUCGAGAUGACAAUGGGAAAGUGCCCCAACAAGUUUCGCUUGACGUGGGUACCGGUCGCAUUCACAUUUUCAUUUUCUAGUAAAGAACUGCAAGCACAACCGAUCGAUGCCCUCCGAACCCGAUAUGAGCAGCUGGACAUCAAACUGCUGGUCGACUACAACAUAGAUUUCACGACACACGUCGUAGCCAAGAAGCGCAAUACUGCCAAGGGUCUCCAGGCGCUGAUAAAUGGCAAGUUCAUCGUCACCGAGUCUUUUCUCGAUGCUUUGACACAAGCUGCACAUCCAGUAGACGACGGAAAUGGGUCACAAACAUGCGCACUGGAGCAAAAUUUUGACCAGUCGUGGCCUGACCCGGUGAAGCACCUGCCGCCUCGUGGCGGUGAACCAUUCGAGCACCCAGAUGAGAUAUACAAGCCAGAUAGAGGCCGGAUCGAUGUCUUUGAUGGAUAUACCUUUAUCUUUUAUGACUCGACGCAGUAUAACAACCUGCUCGCCCCAAUCACAAAUGGAGGAGGUAAAGCUUUGAUUGAAACGGUUACACCUGGUGAGACUUUGUCGGACGACUUUGCUCGAUACGUCAAAGGGGUGGCUGGAGAAAAAGGCCUCGGCAGUUUUGACGAUGGAAGCGAAGGUAAAGGUGUCGUGGUUGUACGUUAUCUGCCGACCAAGGGCGAUCAUGUACAAUGGUACACAGAGUUCGUUACAGCAGUUUCGCUGCGGCUGGACCAUCGACCUAUCGAACAAAACGAGUUCCUGGAGGCUAUCCUGACCAAGGAUGCCAGCAUGCUCCGGCGGCCACUCGAGACAGAAGAACAGUCAGAAGACGACCUCAUGGAAGGAAUGGCGCCAGCCGCUGCCAGAUUCAAGAGACAAAAAAUAGCUAUGGGAGGCGAUUUCGCACCAGAACCCCCAGAAUUGCCCCCAGCAGAACCGGCCAAGCCCAUCAAGAAGGAAAAGAAGGAGAUGAAUAUCCUCGCUGAAGCUGCAAGGCACCGUCAGGAACAAGAGGCUCGUGCAAGAGCUGAAAAGGAAGACCUCGCGCAAUUGCCUAAUGAUAUCGACCUGGCGGAAAUUCGGCGACUGAAUAUUGUCGAGGAGGUUGAGCUUCGCAAACCAGGGGACAGCACGCGCACCAGGGAUCAGGACAUUGCUGAUGGUCGCUGGGACCCUAAAUGGAACGGCAUCAAGAACUUCAAAAGGUUUCGGCGUCGUGGCGAAAUAGUGGGUAGACAGCCUGCGCGGACAAUUAUCACGGUUGAUGAGGUGCAGAGCAAGAAAUUCGGCGUGGGAGAUAACUACUGGCUGGAAGAGGAAACCGUGCCACGGACAAACUUGGGCAGCAGAUUGCAGUCAGCGCCACGAGGUGAGUCGCCACGGCCUAUUUCGCAAAUAUCCAGCGGUCUGGACCGGAUCGCGCGACAAACGAGCGAAAGACCUGGAGACGGCAACGACGAUAGCGACGUCGCGGACCCCGAGGAUGACGAGGACUCCCAGCCACCUCGGGGGUCAUAUGGCAAGAGGGCCGGCAUACGGGGUAAUGCCAGCUCCAGAGGCAGCCGCAGCCAAUCGUCGGCGCCAAUGUCGCAGAGCCUGGGUAAAAGACCGGCCACAAGCACGCUGUCCGGGCAGUCGUCAAAGAGGCAACGCCCGCCACCGCAGCCGACUCAGGUGAAUGACAGUGAGGAUGACAGUGAUGAGGGUCUCAAGUUUAGAUUCGGAAGGAGACCGCGCGCAUGA